GACGUUUGAUGUGGUGUUUGUCAAGAUUGUGCUAUUGUGUGUUUACAGUGAUUUAUUUCCCGUUACUAUAGUCCUAAUUGAAGUAUAAGCUUUUAAGGAGUAGAUGAAGGUUCGCCUCCUGAACGUCAGAGGUUAUGGAUGCUCCUGGGCUCUGUGUUUCACGUCCGAAGAUAGUCCAUUAUCAAACCAAGUCUUUUUAGCAACCCUCAUGACCUCUCUCGUUGCUUCGAAGGUGACAGAAUGUCUCGCAACAAAGACAAGCACGAGGGCGCUAGCGGGCGCCAGUACCGCAUCAUGUCGGACGCGGAGCGCGCGGCGGGCAAGCCCGGGUGCUGGACCGCGCUUGAGGUAACAGGAGGUGUGCGCGCUCUAGCGCCCCAACUGUUUCGACUGACUCACCUCACGGAGUUGUACCUCAACGAUAAUUCGCUCCAGCGGUUGCCCCCCGAGAUCAGCCAGCUGAGCGCAUUGCAUACGCUCGAUGUGUCCAACAACAAGCUACGCUCGCUGCCCGUUGAGCUCGGCGACCUCAUACAGCUCAGAGAGUUGCACUUGAACAACAACUAUUUGCGAGUGUUGCCAUACGAGCUGGGCAAGCUGUUCCACCUUCAACUCCUCGGGCUGCAGGGUAACCCGCUCAGCAAGGAGAUGCUAUCCAUCUACAACGACUCCAAUGGUACCGCGAAGCUGCUUAGUUAUAUGCUCGACAAUUUACAAGUUUCAGUCACCGCAACUCUGCCACCACAAAGACCUUGGAUACCUCUAACACGGCCAAACAGAUCGCGUCCCACAUGUAUAUUCACAGUGAUGUGCUACAACGUAUUGUGCGAUAAGUACGCGACGCGGCAGAUGUACGGCUACUGUCCCAGCUGGGCGCUCGAGUGGGACUACAGGAAGAAGGGCAUCCUCGACGAGAUCAGGCACUACUCCGCUGACAUCAUUAGCUUGCAGGAGGUGGAAACGGACCAGUUCUAUAGCUUCUUCCUGCCGGAGCUGAAGCAGGACGGGUACGAUGGCAUCUUCUCGCCCAAGUCCCGCGCCAAGACCAUGUCAGAGUCGGAGAGGAAAUACGUCGACGGAUGCGCCAUCUUCUUUAGAUCUGCUAAAUUUGCUUUAGUAAAGGAGCACCUCAUAGAAUUUAAUCAGCUGGCGAUGGCAAAUAGCGAAGGUUCAGAUAACAUGCUGAACCGCGUCAUGCCCAAAGACAACAUCGGCCUCGCCGCGCUACUCAAGACCAAGGAGGCUGCAUGGGAGAACGCAGGCAUCCCGUCGGACGCAGCGACACUGGGCCAGCCCAUCCUGGUGUGCACGGCGCACAUCCACUGGGACCCUGAGUUCUGCGAUGUGAAGCUAAUUCAGACGAUGAUGCUGAGCAAUGAGCUGCGCAGCAUCUUGGAUGACUCGGCGCGCACGCUGCGUCUCGCCGGACAGCGUGAUAAUGUGCAGCUGCUGCUAUGUGGGGACUUCAACUCUCUGCCCGACAGCGGCGUGGUGGAGUUCCUGUCGUCCGGUCGCGUGUCGUCUGAGCACCGCGACUUCAAGGAGCUGGGUUACGCCGGCUCGCUGCGCCGCAUGCCCGGCUCCGAGCACGAGUUCACGCACAACUUCAAGCUCGCCUCCGCCUACAGCGAGGACAUCAUGCCCUACACCAACUACACUUUCGACUUCAAGGGCAUCAUUGACUACAUCUUCUAUAGCAAGCAGUCGAUGACGCCGCUCGGUCUGCUGGGCCCGCUCUCGCAGGACUGGUUCCGCGAGCACAAGGUCGUCGGCUGCCCACAUCCCCACAUACCUUCAGAUCACUUCCCGCUGCUGGUGGAGCUGGAGAUGUGUCCGAGCACGAGCAGCAACUCCAACGGACUGAUCGGGCGCAGGUAGCACCCGUCCCCGCGCGCGCCCCGCCGCACCCGCACCCGCACCAGGCACCACCACGUCGCCAGUGCCCCCGUGCCCGCGCCCGCACUGCCCUAGUGCCCCGCAGUGUCUCAGUGCCCCGCACUGUCUCAGUGCCCCGCAGUGUCUCAGUGCCCCGCAGUGUCGCAGUGCCCCGCAGUGUCUCAGUGCCUGACAGUGACAAGUGAAAGUGACAACGCCGGCUGACAGACAGGACGGCUGUGAUAAAUAAUACCGCAUUUAAAAUAUCGGUGAACCCUCAAAAUAAAUACCGCACUUGACUAGUUAACUAUCUCCCCUUAGUGUAGUUUUAGUGUGAGAGACUCGCUAAGGGAUUUACUUAACGCUUAAUUAUUUUUUUUGGUCUUUCGAGCACAUAUUUUUGGCGCACAUUUUACACUGAUAAUAUAAUUGCGGUAUUAAAAAUACAGUGCUCAUAAACCCGCUAUAAUGUUGACCAAACUAUUGCUUUUGUUGUAAUGUCUAAAGUAAAAGUGCCGAAGUGGGAUAUGUAAUAUUAAUAUAGUUGUAUGUAAGUAUUAAAAUGUUUCGCGAUAUCCUAAACUAUGAAAUGCCUUUGACGCACGCAAAGUACAAAAAACAUAUAUAUCUUAAAUUUUGACCAAACGAAAACUUUGAAUGGAAUGAUGAUGGCACUUUGACUUUAGAUUGUACUAUGCAGUUGUACUUAGAAAUUAGAACUUUAUGUGAUAUCCCAUAUUAAUAACAAUAUGUCGUUUUCUUAAAUUUCAUUUCGAAUCUCUUAUCUUAUUUUGGAAUUAAAAUCA